AUGGGGAAUUAAUGUUGCUAAGGAAACAGUCCUGGUGAAGAUAAAAACACAAUAAGUAUGGGUAAUAAAGAUUUCAAUGUGAAUAGCGUUUAAGGAUCAUCUAAAAAUAUGCAUAAUGAUAAAGAGAAACCAAGGGAAGAAGAGUCAACAAGAUAGCUUAAAGAAAAAUAUGGUAAGUCAAUAGUCAGUCACAAUUCAAAAUAGGAUUAUUAAGAUGGAGACGAUAGAUUAGUAGGCAGUCAAACAAACAAUGUCGCGUAUGAGGAGCAAGUCUCAAAUCAUGACAAGGCUAUAGACAAGUAGGCAUCUCAUUAAUAUGGUUCAUCUCAACGCGAAAUUUAAUAGGGAAAGGAAGAAGCUUAGAAACAGAGUUCUAAAACAGGAUCUUAAUUGAAUUUAAAAGGAUAGUAAGCAGCUACAUCAACAACAACAAAUACAAAAUCAACAUCUGCUGAAACACACGCAUCUGAAUCAAAUGGUGUAACAAAAGAUGGGUUUAAAGAAAGUACAAAUAAUGGUAGUGCUUAACCAAUAGCUAAGCAAGCAUCUAGCGGUAAACAAUCUAGCUAGAGUUAAAAAGAAUAAAAAUCUUCUUCAGGUGACUAGUAGCCUGCUUCGAGCAGUAAGCAUGGAUUGUAAAGAUUAUCUAAUGCAGGUUUACCUCCUGCACCAUCUACAAAUCAAGCAAAGCAAAAAAAAGAGUCCCAAAGCGUAGAUGCUAAAAAGGCUACCGAAGAUGAUAAAUCAAAAAAGAGCUCACCAUCUAUAUCAAAAAGUCCUUAGCGUCCACCUGCAAAAAAUUCAGCUGUUGAUUUCAAUAUUUCAGCUGAUAGUUUUAUUCACUUAAAAAAAGGAAGCAUAACUUAGUAAUAUAAAAUAGGAGAAGUACUCGGAGAAGGUGCUUUUGGUUAAGUAUCAAAAGUUGUUCAUAAAUCAACUGGAAUGAUUAGAGCUAUGAAGACCAUAAAGAAAAGUUCAAUUAUAAAAGAAGAAGAAGACAGACUAUUCUCUGAAAUGAACAUUCUUAAAAACUUAGAUCACCCUAACAUAUUGAGACUCAUAGAGCUUUUCUAAGAUAAUAAAAACUACUAUCUUGUUACAGAGUACUGCUCAGGAGGUGAAUUAUUCGAUAAAAUUAAGUCUAUGACUCAUUUUACAGAAAAAAUGGCUGCAGAUUACAUGAAAUAAAUUCUCUCUGCUGUUGUUUAUUGUCAUUAAAAUAAUAUAGUCCAUCGUGAUCUUAAACCUGAAAAUUUACUUUUUGAUUCAGAUAAAAAAAAUGCAAAUUUGAAAGUUAUUGAUUUCGGUACUUCUCGUAAAUACGAUAAGGCAAAAAAGAUGUCUAAGCGUUUGGGAACACCCUAUUAUAUUGCUCCAGAAGUUUUAGAUUAAAAUUAUGAUGAGAAGUGUGAUGUGUGGAGUUGUGGCGUUAUUCUUUAUAUUUUAUUAUGUGGUUAUCCUCCUUUUGGUGGCAGAUCUGAAGAUGAAAUUUUAAAAAAAGUACGUCUUGGUAAGUUUAAAUUUGAACCUGAAGACUGGGACCGUAUUUCAGAAGAAGCUAAAAAUUUAAUUAAAAAAAUGCUUACUUAUGACCCUAAAAAGAGAAUAUCUGCUGAGUAAGCCUUAAAUGAUGCUUGGAUUUAAAAGAAUGCUCCUGCAAACCAUAUUAGUACAAGGGCGUUAAGCAACUUGUCCAAUUUUUAUACUAGAUCAAAGUUAAAAUAAGCUAUCCUUACAUUUAUUGUUUCUCAGGUUGUUUCACAGUAAGAUAAAGAAGAACUCCAAAAAACAUUUAGAUCUCUCGAUAAAAACGGUGAUGGUACUUUGUCAAAAGAAGAACUCAUAGAUGGGUACACAACUGUUUUAGGAGAUAAAGAAAAAGCUGCUACAUAAGUAGACAGAAUUUUAGAUGAAGUUGAUAUCAAUAAAUCAGGAAAAGUAGAUUUUACAGAAUUUUUAAUGGCAGCUUCGAACAAAGAAAUUCUUUUGUCUAAAGCAAAAGUAGAAUAAUCGUUUAAAAUAUUUGAUUAAGAUGGAAAUGGUAAUAUAACAAAAGAUGAGCUGUAGUAUAUUAUGGGAGAUAUACCUGAUGAAUUCUGGAAACAAAUUUUGGAUGAGUGUGAUACAAAUAAAGAUGGUAUGAUUUCUCAAACUGAAUUUCUUGAUCUCUUAAUAAAUAAAAAGGGAAUGCCAUCAUAACACUGA